AUGUAUGGGCACAUUAUUCAAAUUUGCCGCCAUUUUUUACUCUCAUGAUUUGCUUGACCGUCUGUAGUUACAUUAUCUAGGUUAUUAACAUGACAAGUAAGUGCCUUACUUGUUAUGGCUGAUGUAUUUAUUGGGUAAAAUAAAAAUCUGGUACUGGCAACAUUUUCAAGUUGUCAUCCAACAAACCAAAUGCUAACGGCCGAAUGUGAUGCUCGUGUGUUCUUUUUCUUUUCGCUCCUUUUUUGCGUCGUUGUCAUUGCAGUGAAAGUGUUUCAUUUGAAAAUUAACUUAGUGAUCGCGAUCGCAAGUAUACCUACUAAAAUAAUGGAAGAGGAUACAGAAAACAUAUUGGUAUCCUGGGAUGUGCCGUCAGAAGUCGUCGAGAACUUCAAAACAACAUCAAACCAGAAGAGUUCAAUUUGCUAGCUGCAAAAAUUGUUUCUCUUUUCCCAACUGAAAGUAUAUAUAUCUACUAUAUGAAAGCUGUGCCAACAUGCAAAUCUGCUUCAAGAAAAUAUGUGCCCGCUAAAGGCAAAUUAGUGGACAAGGUUCGAAAUCUCCUGUACAUAUCAGGAGCAAAGCGCAGGAGCAUUAAAUCCACUUGCUCUAAUAAGGAUUCGGAUACAGAUGUAGAGUCUGUGGAAAAUAAUCAAGAGACUGCCUCAAAUGACGACGCUAUUUGGCUGAAACAUAACAAUGAGCCAUGGGACCAAGUUUGUGAAAGGUGGAAUAACACCUUUGAAUUAAGACACAAACAAAAAUUUGAAACUGUACAUGAUUUUCUCGAAACCUGGGCCAUUUUAAAAGACGGCAAAGCAGAUACUCUGAUACUUUUGGAUUUUGAGAAACAGUUUAAAGAGAAGUCGCUUAACUUCUUUAAAAACUGGGAACUAUUUUUCUCGAAACUUUUGAAGCUUAGAGAAAGUGUCGUGACAAAUGAUAAUGCAAAAGCAUUAAUUGAAGGAUUAGGGAAUAUCAUUGACGAUGACAAAAAAAUUCCGGUGCAGAUUUACCUGCUAGGUUUUUUAAUACCACCCAAAGGCCGAAAAUCUAGGAAAGUCAAGUUCUCAACCACUGAAUCAAUCCAGGGCUUAUUAGUUCAGAUAGAUGACGCCGGAGAUAUCGACAGCGUAAUCGCAGCCCAGAAAGCUAAGGCUGCAGCCCGGAAGGAUACCGUUCAACCCUUCGUGCUCAUACAAGGACCGCUACAAAACUUCGCCCAGAUAUACAUCGUUAUUGAUGAUAUCAAAUACCACGUGCAUUCAGCUGCAAAGGCGUUCGACUUAUUGUUUAAGAUUUAUCACGUUUUCCACGCCAAGUAUCCCCAAGUGUGUGAGCACCUCCACAUAAUUAUUCAAAAAAAGUGUAUCAAAUCCAUACAGCGUAUGAUACAGUACCACCGUAUAUAGUUGACGUUUU